GCCCCGCCCCAGCUCGGCCUGUGCAGACUCUCGCGAGGUCUGAGGCCGCGGGGUUGGCCGGGGCGGCUGCAGUAUGGCGGAGACGGAAGGAGAGAGCCUGGAGUCCUGGCUGAAUAAAGCCACCAAUCCUUCCAACCGCCAGGAAGACUGGGAAUACAUAAUUGGCUUUUGUGAUCAGAUCAACAAAGAGCUUGAAGGGCCCCAGAUUGCUGUCCGACUGCUGGCCCACAAGAUCCAGUCUCCACAGGAAUGGGAGGCGGUGCAGGCUCUGACGGUCCUGGAGGCCGCCAUGAAGAACUGUGGGAGGAGAUUUCAUAACGAAGUGGGGAAGUUCCGGUUUCUGAACGAGUUAAUCAAAGUUGUCUCUCCAAAGUACCUGGGGGACAGGGUAUCUGAGAAAGUAAAGACCAAGGUCAUUGAGCUGCUCUACAGCUGGACAGUGGCCCUGCCAGAAGAAGCAAAGAUCAAAGAUGCCUACCACAUGUUGAAGAGACAGGGCAUAGUGCAGUCUGACCCACCAAUCCCUGUGGACAGGACACUGAUCCCCUCCCCACCGGCUCGUCCCAAAAACCCCGUUUUUGACGAUGAGGAAAAAUCCAAGCUUUUAGCCAAGCUGCUAAAGAGCAAAAACCCAGAAGACCUACAAGAAGCCAACAAGCUCAUCAAGUCUAUGGUGAAGGAAGAUGAGGCGCGCAUCCAGAAGGUGACCAAGCGCAUGCACACCCUGGAGGAGGUCAACAACAACGUGAAGCUCCUCCAUGAGAUGCUGCUGCACUACAGCCAAGAGCACUCAUCAGAGGCAGACAAAGAGCUCAUGAAGGAACUGUUUGAUCGGUGUGAAAACAAGAGACGAACAUUAUUUAAACUAGCCAGCGAGACAGAGGACAAUGACAAUAGUUUGGGGGACAUCCUGCAGGCCAGUGACAACCUCUCCCGGGUCAUCAACUCUUAUAGGACAAUUAUUGAAGGACAGGUCAUCAACAGUGAGGAGACCACCUCAGCUAUGCCUGACUCAGAAGGAAACAGCUACUCCAGUAAUCAAGGCACUCUCAUCGACCUUGCUGAGUUGGACACACCCAACAGUUCACCCCUGGUGUCGGCCCCAGCACCCAGCCCACCCUCCUCAGACAUCCCCAUCCUCCCUCCACCUCCCCAGACCUUGGGGCCUCCACGAAGCUGCUCCUCCAGCCAGGCUGAGCCUCCCCCUGGGCCCAGCAGCACAAACACCACCUUCUCCUUGCUGGAUGAGGAGCUGCUCUGCUUAGGACUCUCUGACGCAGCCCCCACUGCUCUUCCCAAAGAGUCAGCUGGAAAUAGCCAGUGGCACCUGUUCCAGGGUGAACAGUCCAGCGUGGACUUCUUCAGCCCCAGUCUAGGGUCUGCUGCCUGCUCCUCGGAGGGACCCCUGCUCCCGCCUUCAGAUCCCCCAUCAAUCACAUCCCAAGCUCCACUGCCAUCUCGCUUCCCAGCCAGCACACCUGGCCCCAGCACAGUCUCCUUCAUGUUCGCCUCCGGACUUGCCCCGGCUUUGGCCCCAAAGGCUGAACAUGCAGCCACUGAGUUCCACAACUCAGCACUAGGCGACAGCAACCUGAACCACCUGGAUGCCCUCGAUCAGCUUCUAGAAGAGGCCAAAGUGACCUCAGGCUUAGUGAAACCUGUGUCCUCUUGCUUUUCCCCUGGGGCCACCGCCUCCCCUCUGCUCCCCACCUCCGUUCCAGCCAGGCCUCUCCUGCCCUUCUCCGCGGGACCUGGCAGCCCACUCUUCCGUUCACCAGCCUUCCAGUCCCAGGGAAGCCCCAUGAAGGGGCCCGAGCUCUCCCUGGCCAGUGUCCACGUGCCCCUGGAAUCCAUCAGGCCUAGCAGCGCCCUUCCUGUGACAGCCUAUGACAAAAAUGGUUUCCGCAUCCUCUUCCACUUUGCCAAGGAGUGUCCGCCAGGACGGCCCGACGUGCUGGUGGUAGUGGUGUCCAUGCUGAACACAGCUCCUUUGCCAGUGAAGAGCAUUGUGCUACAGGCUGCAGUGCCCAAGUCAAUGAAAGUGAAGCUGCAGCCACCCUCUGGGACAGAACUCUCUCCAUUUAGUCCUAUCCAGCCACCUGCAGCCAUCACCCAGGUCAUGCUGCUGGCCAACCCAAUGAAGGAGAAGGUGCGACUCCGGUAUAAGCUGACCUUUGCUCUUGGGGAGCAGCUGAGCACAGAGUGACGGGCUGUCUUGUGGACAUCUCAGCAGGACAUGGAAUUCAGCCUAUUAGAAACAACCUGGCCUCAUGACAGAGACAAGUAGCGAUAGGAAGGAAGAUGAAGAGAAUCAGUUUUUACCCUUCAAAAGUAAGGGCUGGGAGCUGCUUGGGAAAAGUGCACCUCCUGUAUGCAGACAGGCCAUCCUACUCACUACCUCCUGCUCAGCAUGAAGUAAACUGCUUUUCUUCCCCUAGUACCUUCCUGCCAGAUGUGCAUGGUAGGGCACCUCCUCUGCUUGGGCCCAGGAGGCCUCAGGGUCAAGCAUACUGCACUGGAAUUAGGUCCUUCUGUGCUACACAGAAAUUCCAACUGUCUCCCCACUACAGAGGGGCACUGUCAGCCAGGAGCCAGCCUGGAGGGCGGGGGGGACUACACUCGAACCAAGACCCAGACCCUGAGGCUCUGACAGUGCUUGGCCCAGUUGUACCCGGGCAAGGCAUACUGGGCCACAAGGCAACCAAAAAUAAUUACCAGCUGCCCCAGAAGUUGGGUAAGGGCCAUGGCUCGGUGGCAUAAGCUAUGGCCCCUGCCCCUUGCCAGGUUUCCUUGCUGUGAAUCCAGAGGUCAUCUUGCCGCCUCUCCCUCACUUCCUUUCAUAAGCGGGUUUCACUGCUUCAUCAAGACAGGUCAAAAGUGAAGUUUUCACUAAAGGAAUAAAUCCAAGAGCUUUCCAGAGACCAGCGGAUGCCGCCCUGGGAAUGUCUAUGGGAUUACUGUGUGGAAAAGUACCUUAAUAAGCUUUAGAUAUUAAAAUUAGUUACCAGUGUUACUCCUACUAUUGAGGUCACUGAUUGUGGCAAACAACUGUACCAGAUAUACCCACUCUGCUGCCCCUGUUUUGCUGCAUGUUAAAUAAAACUAUUUUUACCCUACCUGGAAUCCUUAUAACAGACACCAUUUGCCCCAAGGGGAAGGUGUCAUCUGUGAAUUCCAGGUGGGUGGGCAGAAAGUACAGAUUUCUAAAGCCUUUUAGGAUGAUCAAAAAAUGUUGCAGAUGAUUUGAGGAGAAACCAUGCUCUCAAGCCUAAGUAAACCAAGGACUCCCUCUUGUUUAGGUUCCCAGUUAUAAGCAGGACUCUGCACUCACCAAUUCUAUCUUGGGGUGGGUUCUCUAGGACAGCAGGGAAGACAGUUCCUUAUCGAAGAGAACAGAAGCCAGGCACAAAGUCAUGCUAGGCCCAACUAUUCAGGAGGCUGAAGCAGGAGGAUCCUUUGAACCUGAGAGUUAGGACAGCUUAGGCAAUAUAGCAGGAUCCGUCUCACAAAACACUUUCAUUUUGUUAUCUUGGGUUCAUAGUAUAAACGUGGAUAAGAACUCCUUGGCUGGACUGUUUGCCAAAGAGAACAUUUAUUCUUUUAGAAAGCUAUUAUACAUUUCCAUACAAAGUUACCACUGCAGCAGCUGUGGGCUGACCUCAGGAACCUUCCAGUGAGCCCUCUCUUAUAAUUGCCCGAGCAAGGUUCCUGGCAAGAGCCAGUCUCAGCAUCUCCACCUUGGUGAUCUCUAUGUCGUCAUCCUAAAAAGCAGAGAGCAGGUGUGAGGAACAGCCGGG